GCCUGUGAGGUGAAUCAUGAAUCAGGUUGUUGGCACACUGUUGUGUGCUCUGGUGUUUGGAGUGACUCUUACACAGUCUGCAGGGCAAGCAGGGGGGUUAUCACAACGCUGCUUAUGCAGAGGCAAACUGCAGAAAGCAGUGAAGCCCAGAUGGAUUCAUGCAGUUGAAUUGUUCCCACCAAGUCCCUCUUGCUCAAAGACAGAGAUUAUAUUGACUGUGAUUGCAAAAGGAAAGGGAAAAGGAAAGGAGGUUAACAGGAGGUUAAAGGUGUGUUUGGAUCCAAAUGAUAGGCAAGGACAGAGAUUAUUGAAGGGCAAAGGAAAGCAAAACAAAAAGCAAAGGAACAGAGGAAGAAAAGAGAAGAAGAUUAAGAAGUUUGACGACAAGGAUGGUUAUUGAAAUUACUCUGCUAUAAUACACAAGACUUCAAAGCCAUUUAGCCAUAAAUGUAUACUUUUUCUUUAUCUAUUUAUUGUUUUGUGAUUUUAAACAUUUCUCUUAUGAAACUAUUACUAAUACAGGCUCGCUUUAAUUGAUGCCAGUGAAUGUUUUGUUCUAUCAGAAAUGAUGAGCACAUUGAUAUUUUUGAGUUUUGAGAUGAAAUGCUGUUUUGGUUAAAGUAUUGGAUAGCUUAUGUCCAUAAUUACUACUUUAUUCACUUUUUAACUUUUAAAUCCAGAGGAAAUCUGUGUGGGAUAUAACCAUGAAAUAAAAAUAAUUCUUGCUAAUUUGGUGUUUUGUUUAUUUAAGAAUGUUAGUAUGAAACAAUAAAUAUGUUUUUGAUUACAUAAGAAUGAAUCACAAUGGACCUUGACCAUUCAGUCUCCCAAUAACUACUACAACGAAACAUUUCUCUCAUCUUGCAGUAGUCUAUUGCUAUCUAUUGAUACAGAUUUCAAUUAACUGAAAAAUUUAUUUCAACAAUACAGUUUUUGAAUUUGUCCGCACACUGAAAACAUUUUUCAA